CUCUGCAGCCCGAUCAACCGCCACUGCGCUGUCCACGCCCACCAUGCUCUCUGAGCAAAGCACCCCAACUCUUGCAGGGGGGUCAACCAUCUAUUCCACCGUUUCGGCUCCAUCUGAAUCAACAGUUACUACCUCCCCCAGCUUGCAGACCACAAAAUCCAGUACUUCUGCAGCCCCGUCAAGCCCCAGUAUACUGUCCACCACCACCGUGCUCUUUGAGCAAAGCACCCCAACUCUCACAGGGGAGUCAACCCGCUACUCCACCACUUCGGCUCCAUCCGAAUCAACAGUUUCUACCUCUCCCAGCUCGCAGACCCCAGAAACUGGCACUUCUGCAGCCCUGUCUAGCCCCACUGCGCUGUCCACACCCACCGUGCUCUCUGAGCAAAGCACCCCAACUCUCGCAGGGGAGUCAACCAUCUACUCCACCAUUUCAACUCCAUCUGAAUCAACAGUUUCCUAACUCCCCCAGCUCGCAGACCCUAGAAACUGGUACUUCAACAGCCCCAUCAAGCCCCCGUGUGGUGUCUAUCCCCACUGUGAUCUCUGACGUGACCGAUGGAAGUCUCACCAUUUCUACUUCCAUCCCUUCUACCACCAAAAGACCUAGUCCUGCCACCUCUUCUGGUGUCACUCCAUCUUCUACAACUAGAGCCAUCUUUGGACCAGCAUCCACCACCCUCAAUGGAGGAUCUACAGUCUCCAAAAGCAGCCCAGAUUCACGAAACACAACAGUUUCAUCUGACAGCUCCCCAACUGAAUACCCUCGUGCUUCUUCUUCCGCCUCACCUAUCCCUGUUUUCUCCUCCACACCAGUCUCUGACUUUCCUUCAGCCAUUGCACCUUCUUCUGGUGUUUCCCUUCCUCUCUCCUCCACUGCACCUGGGUCUACUCAUUCUCCAGUCCCUGAGUUCAAUACCAUUUCAACCCUCUAUCCCUCAUUCACUAGCACCCACACAACUGUUAUGACAAGUCACUCUCCAGCUACAAAACCAAAGCAGUGUCAGAAUGGGACCAUCUGGAACGGAGAAGAGUGUUUUUGUGCCCCAGGCUUCGUUUGUUAUCUGUAUCAGUCUCCUGUGGACUCCUUCAGUCUAGAAAUCCCGGAAAAAAUCAAUGCCACUGUAGGUGUGAAAGUGAAAGUGACAAACUGUAAUUUCACAACAGACCUGAACAACGUAUCCUCACAGGCUUACUUGAAUUUCUCUGAACAAUUCAAGAAACAGAUGGAUGAAGCUUACAAAGGCAAGGACUUUCCCCACUAUGGAGGCUUGAUCAUUAGGAGACUGCUCAAUGGCAGCGUUGUGGUGGAAUUUGACGUCAUCCUGGAGGCAAACUACACUUCAGCAUUUGAGGGACUGUUUGCAAACCUCAUUGAGAUCGUAAAGACCAAGACUAUGAAUGAGACCAAAAGGCUACACCCAGAAUCUAAGGAAUGCAAAGGCUUCUCAACUCUGUGUUUCAACGAGGAGGCCACCACUGUGAGCAAGACCGUGAAGCUGGGUUUUGACUUGAAGGAGCAAUGCAGCCAGAAGGCUGCGAAGGACUUAGCCGCAUUCUACUAUGUGGAGGAGCUAAACGGGAAGCCAACCUGUGUGACCAAGUGCACCUCGGGGACAAAGUCACAACUGAAUUGUCACCAGGGCAAGUGCCAGCUGGAGCAAAGUGGUCCCCGCUGCCUAUGCCCAACCUCGGACACGCACUGGCACCUGGGAGAGACCUGUGGGGUCAUCAUCAGCAAGAGCAUGGUGUACUGGAUUGUGGGGGCUGUGGUGGUGCUGCUGCUGAUCCUGGUGGUUGCCCUGUCCAUCUUCCUCAGCCGAUCCCAGAGAAAACUGCACCAGCAAGAACACAAUCUGUUUCGAGAGUGGCAAAAAGAAGGCAUCCUCGGCAGUUUCCAGAAUGCACACGUCUGGGAAGAUCAGAAUCUGAGGGACAGAUUCGGCCUUGCAAACGCCUACAACCACUUCCGGCCCUCUCUGGGGAACAUUGACUCCAACACAGAGUUCCACAUUGAGAGGCCCCAGGCGGUGACACCUGCUCCUUGACCAGGACAGAUGCUUCCACUCAUCCCCCAGUUCCGGACGACAAGACUUUAGUGGAGAGCCCACUGCAGGCCCAGUGUGGGUCAAGAGGAAACAUGUGAGGGCCUGAGGCAUGUCCUGCUCAGAGCUGGCGGGCUUGGCUCCGUCCCCUGCUGCGAGCCACUCUUGCCCCCAACCCAGGAGGCCCAAGGCUGCCCAGACACCUUGCAUCCUUGUUUGCUCCACAGUGACUCCCCUCUCUGGAAUUUUCCUACCAAUAAAAGAGCAAAUUUCAAAGUGCA